CCGGUCGACGGCGCUUGCUGAGCCAUGGGGCGCAACGCGGGGCGCGAGCUCGUCUCGUCGCUUCUGGGGCUGGGGCUGCUCCUGUGCAGCUGGGGGUGCCCUGGGAGCGCCGAGCGGCGGCCCCCGCCGGAAAAGAUCGCGGUCAUUGGAGCUGGAAUUGGUGGCACUUCGGCAGCCUAUUACCUACGGCAGAAGUUUGGAAAGGAUGUGAAGAUCGACGUAUUCGAGAGAGGAGAGGUGGGGGGCCGUCUGGCCACCGUGAUUUUGCAAGGGCGCGAAUAUGAGGCAGGAGGUUCUGUCAUCCAUCCUCUUAAUCUGCACAUGAAGCGUUUUGUCAAGGACUUGGGUCUUUCUACUCUGUCUGCCUCUGGUGGCCUCAUAGGGGUAUAUAAUGGAGAGAAAAUGGUAUUUCAGGAGAGUUCCUGGUUUGUAAUUAACAUGAUUAAACUAAUUUGGCGCUAUGGAUUUCAGUCCCUUCGAAUGCACAUGUGGGUAGAAGAUAUAUUAGACAAGUUUAUGAGGAUCUACCGCUACCAAUCUCAUGACUAUGCCUUCAGUAGUGUAGAAAAGCUGCUACAUUCUCUAGGAGGGGACGACUUCCUUGGAAUGCUUAAUCAGACACUUAAUGAGACCUUGCAGAAAGCUGGCUUCUCGGAGAAAUUCCUCCAAGAAAUUGUUGCUCCUAUCAUGAGGGUCAAUUAUGGUCAAAGCACGGGCAUCAAUGGCUUUGUGGGAGCAGUGUCAAUGACUGGUGCUGAUUCUGGCCUUUGGUCAGUAGAAGGUGGCAACAAACUUGUUUGUUCAGGGCUCCUUCAGGCUUCCAAAAGCAACCUCAUACCUGGCUCAGUAAUGUUCAUAGAAGAUAAAACAAGGACCAGGAAUACAGGAGAUACCACGAAGAUGUAUGAAGUAGUAUACCAGCUUGGAUCUGAGACCCAUGCAGAUACCUAUGACAUUGUCUUGGUGGCUACGCCAUUGAAUCAAAACAUGUCCAAUAUAACUUUUCUCAACUUCGAUCCUCCAAUUGAGGAAUUCCAACAACAGUACCAACAUAUAGUGACAACUUUCGUUAAGGGGAAAUUGAACACGAAUUUGUUUUGCUCCAGAUGCUCAACUAAUUUUGGUCUCAGUACCAUCUUAACUACUGAUACAUCAAAAUUGCUCGUCAACAACUUUGGAUUGGUGACCUCUGUAAAUGAACAGAACCAUAUCCUACCGUCAAGGGAUGGGACAGGUGUUUGGAAGAUGUUUGCUCAAGAGACUCUUACUAAAAGACAAAUUACGAAGCUCUUCGAUUCCUAUCUACAUGCUUCGAAGCAGCCGUGGCUCGCAUAUCCUCGCUAUCAGCCUCCGGAGAAAUGUCCCUCCAUUAUCCUCCACGAUCGUCUUUAUUACCUCAAUAGCAUUGAGUGUGCGGCAAGUGCCAUGGAAAUGAGUGCCAUCGCAGCCCACAAUGCCGCUCUCCUGGCCUUUCACCGCUGGAAUGGACAUAAAGAUAUGAUUGACCAAGAAGAGUUAUACGAGAAGCUUAAAACUGAACUUUGAAGGUCAGUCUCAUUCUCUUUUCCAAGUCUCGGUCCAAACGAAUUAUCACUGGCAAAAAAG